UCCUAGAACCCGUGCACCACGAAAUCAUCGGCGAGCACCGCCACAGCAAUCAACGGAACGGGUCAACAUGGCACACACGCUGCCCCCGUUUCCGAGCUUCAACGUCCAAGCGACGGAUGCCAACAACAUCGGCCUCGAGUGGGCCAAGUGGGUGGACAGGUUCGAGAACUUUCUCGUUGCGUAUAACAUUACGUCGGACGUACGCAAGAAAGCGCUCCUCCUUCAUUACGCCGGUGAGGAAGUGCAUGAUCUCUACCGGUCUCUCCCGGACGACUCGUCAUCGGCAACUGUCAGCAGCACCGCGCAAGGCGCAGCGAGAACGUCAACAUCUGAGUACGACGCCGCGAGAGCAAAGCUCGACGCUCACUUCGCACCAAGAAUCAACCCAACAUUCGCCAUUUAUCGUUUCCGACAAGCACAACAGAACGUCGGUGAGUCCCUCGAUGCUUUCUAUGCGCGGCUCCGGCAGCUGUCUCGUCAUUGCAACUUCCCAGACGUUGAUCUCGAGGUAAAGAAUCAGAUCAUCAUCGCGACCACAUCCACGCGCCUGCGGAAGUAUGCCAUACUGCAUUCGCUGGACUUGCCGGAUAUCCUCAAGCAAGGACGCAUGUUCGAGGACGUGGAGCACGAUGUGUCUAAAAUCGAGCGGAGCGCCGACAAGCCAGUCCUCGCAGUACGAAAGGAUGAGCAGCAUCGCGGCAGCAAGCCAAAAAGAAGUUUGAAACCGCCUCAGCGACCAAACUACCAGGCACAACAUCACAGCCUGUCGACAGAUUGUCACAACUGCGGUGGCAAAUGGCCACAUGGCGGCGGACGAUCAAACUGUCCUGCAUGGGGAAAAACAUGCAAAGCCUGCAACAAGAUCGGACACUUUGCCAAGGUGUGCCGUUCAUCAAACAAGACAGUACAAACUAUCAGCCAGACCCGCCAAGACAGCAGUUCAAGCGGUGAAGAACACGUUUUUGUAGCAAAAACAUUGCCUCCAGCAAGCACGUCUCCCAAAGCUGUCAUCAGAGUCGACAAUGUUCCAAUCACCUUCGUGAUUGACACGGGUGCAACCGUGUCGGUUGUUGGUGAAGAUGAGCUCCGGAACUGUCACCUAGAUGAGAAACUGGAGAAAACAUCCGUAAAGGUUUUUCCAUACAAAGCAACGUCUCCUCUGCAACUUCUGGGAAAAGUCUCAGUCAGCAUGAUGUACAAGGAAAGACACCCAGUGCCACAACGGGAGACAGGCACUCGCAUCGCCAAAGUUCCUGAUGAGUAUGUCAACUUCAUCCAACGCCAGUGCAUCCCAAAAGCCUUCUCGGUCGAGGAAGUUGUGGAACAGACUAAGGCAGACCAACAGCUGCAGCUACUGGUCUCAUCCUUAGAGGGACACGCCUUGUCCUUCCAACUGGUCUCCAGAAACGUGCAGUGCAACUCGCACACCGAGGUCACCAGGGAAUCGUAA